CCUCUCCUGCGGUGGACUCAACAAUCCCUGCAACACCUCAGGGCAGAGAGGUCAGAGGUCAGAGGUCAGAGCCCGGUCCCUCCGCUCUGUAACCAGGUGGACGACAGGUAGAAGCGCACAAGUACCAGCAGCUCGGCUGAGUGAGCGGAACCUCACAGUCACGACUGCACCUCUCGUCCGGACUCGGCUCAUAUUUCACGCAUGUGUCACCGUGGGCAUGUCCCAGCUCCGCUCGAGAGCUGCUUCCUGCGUCGCUGUGCUUCCACAAGCCAGCGCUCCGAUGGAGCUCCACACCAAGACGGGGCCGGUGUACCUGCAGCCGCACAAAGCGGGGAAGGUGAGUGCGCUGCUGUUGGUCUGGACUCACGCUCUGAUAACAAACGUUACACAGAGGCUCCACGAACAGAAGUGGAAGCCGGUGUGGCUGUCUCUGUUCGCCCCCAGCAGCAGCGGAGUGGGCCGCCUGGAGAUCCAAGACGUGGGAGGUGGGGACUCCGGCACCAGGCGGCAGCAGCUGCCUCACGGGGACCGCAAGGUGGUGCGACUCUCGGAGCUGAUCAGCGUCCUGCGGCUUCCUCCCAACGCCGAGGCCUGUCCCAAGGAGAACAUGUCGGCGUUCUGCGUCGAGACGCACGAACGCACCAUGGUGUUCGCCGCCGCCAAGGACGAGUGCGUGGACUGGGUGGAAAAGCUGUGUCAGAGCACGUUCCAGAGAGGAGGCGCUUCCCGCUCCACCCAGCUCCGCAUGGAGGAGAACCAGAUCUAUGCCUCUGCAGAUGAGGUCCAAGGCUCGCCGUUCUGGGUGGCGGUCCAGAGGACGGAGGCUGCGGCCCGCUGUGGUCUGCAGGGCUCGUACUGGCUGCACGUGGGCCCGGAGGCUCUGCAGCUGAGAGCCCAGCAGGACGACGUGGUCGGGGAGUGGCCCUACAAGCUGCUGAGGCGCUACGGCAGAGACGGGAUGGCGCUAACCAUUGAAGCGGGCCGGCGCUGCGGCUCGGGUCCCGGGACCUUCGUCUUCGAGACGCAGCAGGCCGAGAGCGUCUUCCUCCUGAUUCAGAGCACCAUCAAAAGCAAAACCUCCAAAGUUACUCUGAGUCAGAACCCAGAGGCGGAGAGGGGCCCGGCCAGCAAGGCCCGGUCCCCGCUGCCCCGGACGCCGGACGCGAGCGGCGCGUCCUCACCGUGGGAGAACCGGGCCAAGGUCCAGGGGAAGAUGUGCUCCUCUCUGGAGGACGUUGGAGGAGACUCAGCCGGGUCAGAGCCCGUAGCCGCACAUCCGGCGCCCAUCACUCUCAUGCCUCUGCCGUCAGUGCCCACUCUCAACAGGCCCAGUCCCCGCCCCGACCCGGACGUGGUCCACGCCAGCGCCAGCGACACCCCGCAGCCCAAGGCUCUGUACGUGGAUCCUGCCUGCGUCCUCCCACUCAAACCUCCCGCACAGCACCCACGCUUCAGCAUCGACCACCCGGACUCAGGCUACGCAGAGGUCUACGACAAAAUCAGCCCCGUGCAGAGUAAACGGGGCAAAGCAGACGAGCCCAUUUACGCGGAACCGCUGCAUAAAAAGGAAGACGCUCACACAGGUGAAACCAGGUCCGACCCGUUCGCUCACCUCUACGCUCAGGUCUGCAAGACGGGACGGGCUCCGAGUCCCGCCCCCCCAGGCGGCACCGCCCCGUCUGUCGCCGCCUCAGCGCCGCCUCAGCCUCCACACCCCGACCCCCCUCUGGACGACGUCAUCUACGAAAGUCUAGGGGUCAUUUAGUGGCUGCGUUCCAUUCAUAUGUGCUUCAAAGCUGUGGUUCUGACUCUGAUGUGUGAACCCACCACCCGGGCUCACGUGCAGGUCCUAUAGUAUUACAGCCUCCAGUGUCUCUGCUGAACUCAUUCACUGUUCACUGAUGUAAACUAAAAUGCACAUGCUGCAGCAGGAACUCAGAUGCUCUUAUUGUGGACAUUCAGGAUAGAACUGUGUGUUCCAGACCCACCAGCGGUUCAUAGUGGGCAGCAAACUGGUUCUGUGGGUGGUGACGUCAUUGUGGAUAUUUUGGUAAACUGCACCUCAGAUCUGUCAUUUUUUCAUGCUAACAUGGAAUAAAGGCACAAACUCAAAGCGUUCCCUUAUUAACAAG